GAAGAUUUCUAUUUUCUCUGCUGCUUUUGAGGCAGAAAGAUGAAGCAAGCUAAGUUUUCUAUGGAAACUGCUGGCAAGGUUAUCACAUGCAGGGCAGCCAUUGCCUGGACAAUUAAUGCUCCCUUGUGUAUUGAGGAGGUGGAAGUUGAUCCACCAAAGGCUGGAGAGGUUCGAAUUAAGGUUUUCUCUUCAGGCAUCUGUGGCUCAGAUAAUCACAUACUAGAUGGAACAUUCCCUGUACCUUUACCUGCAAUUUUGGGACACGAAGGAGCUGGGGUAGUAGAAAGCAUUGGAGAAGGCGUGAGCAGUGUGAAACCAGGAGAUAAAGUCUUAAUGAUCGGUCUACCUCAAUGCCGAAAAUGUGAUUCCUGUUUACAUGCCAAGGGCAACUAUUGCCUGAAGGCAGAUCUGUUUUCUUCUGUUGGACUGAUGCUUGAUGGUACCACCAGAUUUACAUGCAGAGGGAUGAAAGUGCAUAACUUAUUUGGAACAAGCACAUUUACUGAAUACACCGUGAUGCGUGAGAUAUCAGUAGCAAAAAUUGAUGAUGCUGCACCCCUGGAGAAAGUCUGCAUAUUAGCCUGUGCAAUCCCCACAAGCUAUGGAGCUGCUAUUAACACAGCACAGGUCACCCCUGGUUCCACCUGUGUUGUCUUUGGGCUUGGAGGCGUUGGCUCUGCAGUUGUUCUGGGGUGCAGAGCAGCUGGUGCUGCCAGGAUCAUCGGCAUUGACAUCAAUGAAGGGAAAUUUGCCAGGGCAAAAGCUCUUGGCGUCACUGAUUGCCUUAAUCCUCGAAACUUCAAGAAGCCCAUCCAGCAGGUGGUGGUGGAAAUGACUGGGGUUGGUGCUGACUUUACUUUUGAGGCCAUUGGGACUAUCGAGACGAUGGUUGCUGCUCUGGAAUCCUGUAACCUGAGUUAUGGUGUCUGUGUUAGUCUUGGAGUACCACCAGUAAAAUCCCAGCUUUCUUUGGACCCAAUGAAGCUUCUAUCUGGCCGGACCCUGAAAGCGUGCUUGUUAGCAUUCGCUGUGUUCUGUUGUUCUGAGAUCCUAGUGGAGGAAAGGGGAAUGGGAAUCCAAGGAGACAUCCUUCCUUGCUACAGUAUCAUCCUCUUGGGGUCUUUAUAUAGAUCAGGACUGGGGUUAGAAACUUGGUACUUCCAAGAACAGUGGGAAAUGGAAUAAACUACUUCUGAACAUUAUGCCAUUAAAUAUGUUUGUUUUAAAUCUGUGUGCAAAGUUGACUCAUGUAUUAAAAGGGAAAAAAUAUGGGAGUUUAGUUCUUCUGUCUAAUUAUAUCAACAUAGGUUGAUACUCUCCUAUAAAGAAAGGUUCCUACCAAUUUAAAAAUACUAUAGCUCCAUCCUUAAAUUAGUGUGAACUCUGAGUUAUCUCAUAAGGACUACACUUGCAUUUUCAGUUCUUGACUGGGGUAAUUUUAAGCCUAAAGCAAAGCUUUUGCUCCUCAUCCUUUUGCUGAGCCUGUGCUCUUACGUCAAAUUGCUUGCUGUCUUGGGGAAGGAAAAGUGA